CACCGGGCUCUGGGCCGCCCUCCCCGGCGCGAUCCGGGACCGUUCCCCGCGGCGGCCCGGCGUUGUGCGAAGACUAGCUGGCCGCAGCGGAAGGGCAAGGUUGUGCGGCCCGAGCCGCAUCUCCAGAGGUUAUCUGCCUAGUAUGAACACCUGGAGCCUCUGGCUGCCUGCUGAGGAGACUGAUGGAGUCCAGGAUGGGAGAUGGUCCUUGAGGGUCGUUGACUGAAAAAAGUUCAGAUGCCAGAUUUUGGUAUUGUAUGGUCCCCAGGUCCCUGAGAGUGGAGGACAUUGAGGAGCAGGAGUUGAUGAUCAGAGGAGACUGUAUAUCUGUGAAGCCUCUGUCUGGCCAGAGGUUCUGGCAGUGUCCUAAUCAUAAGUGGACACGCACAGUCGGAGUGCUUUGCCUUGUGGGCUGAGGCCAGAGAGGAGUGUGGGUUUCAUCAUGCUGCAGCAGCUCCUGAUCACUCUGCCCACCGAGGCCAGCACCUGGGUAAAGUUGCACCAUCCAAGGAAGGCCAAGGAGGGGACACCCCUGUGGGAGGAUGUGACGAAAAUAUUUGAAAGAGCUCUGCUACCUGAAGAUGCUGAUGAGACUCAGGGAGAAAGUGUAGAGAAUAAAAUGACCUCUGGGCCCCCAACAGCAGAAUACCAGGAACUGUUAACCUUCAAGGACAUAUCUGUGGACUUCACCCAGGAGGAGUGGGGGCAGCUAGCCCCCGCUCACCGGAAUCUGUACCGGGAGGUGAUGCUGGAGAACUAUGGGAACCUGGUCUCAGUGGGAUAUCAGCGUUCCAAACCUGGUGUGAUUUCCCAGUUAGAGAAGGGAGAGGAACCAUGGCUGACCGAGAGAGAAAUUUCAGGAGGUCCAAGUUCAGACUUGGAGAGUGAAACAGAAACCAAAGAGUCAACCUUAAAAAAUGACAUUUCAUGGAAAGAGUUACACGAUGGCCUGAUGAUGGAGAGGUCCACAAAAGGAAGCACUUUAUAUUCCACGUUGGGAGAAGUCUCCAAAUGUGAUAAAUUAGAAAGUCACCAGGAAAACCAAGGAAUGGGGGAGGUGCGAGUCCUCCUGGUCCGCAAGAAAGCCCUCACUCAGGAGAGAGGCCAGGAAUCAAACAGAUUUGAGAAAAGUGUUCAUGUGAGCUCAAAAGUUAUUUCAGGACCUCUAAGAAAAAGAGAUCCUAAAUAUGACACAUCUGGAAAGAGAAGCAGACACAAUUUAAAUUUGAUUAAUCAUACAAGGAGUUAUGCAAAAUUGAAACGCUUUGAAUGUAACAUUUGUGAAAAAGUCUUCAAACAGCUCAUUCACCUUACUGAGCACAUAAGAAUUCAUACUGGAGAGAAACCUUUCAGAUGUAAGGAAUGUGGAAAAGCCUUUAGCCAAAGUUCAUCCCUUAUUCCACACCAGAGAAUCCAUACUGGCGAGAAACCCUAUGAAUGUAAGGAAUGUGGCAAAACCUUCAGGCAUCCUUCAUCCCUUACUCAGCAUCUUAGAAUUCAUUCUGGGGAGAAGCCCUAUGAAUGUGGUGUAUGCGAGAAAGCCUUCAGCCAGAGCAUUGGGCUGAUCCAGCAUCUGAGAACUCAUGUUAGAGAUAAACCUUUUAUAUGCAAAGAUUGUGGAAAAGCAUUUUUCCAGAUUAGACACCUUAAGCAACAUGAGAUUAUUCAUAGUGGUUUGAAACCCUAUAUUUGUAACGUAUGCAGUAAAACCUUUAGCCAUAGCACAUACCUAACUCAACACCAGAGAACUCAUACUGGGGAAAGGCCAUAUAAAUGUAAGGAAUGUGGUAAAGCUUUUAGCCAGAGAAUACAUCUUUCUAUCCAUCAGAGAGUCCACACCGGAGUGAAACCUUAUGAAUGCAGUCAUUGUGGGAAAGCCUUUAGGCAUGAUUCAUCCUUUGCUAAACAUCAGAGAAUUCAUACUGGAGAAAAACCUUAUGAUUGUAAUGAAUGUGGAAAAGCUUUCAGGUGUAGCUCAUCACUUAUUAGACACUGCAAAACACAUUUAAGAAAUAACUUCAGCAAUGAUAUAUGAAAUAUAUUCAACAUCAGAACAGCCACAUUGGAGCAAAAACCUCUAAAUCAGUGGCUCUGACUUGAAUUUUAAGAACCCACAAUAUUGUUUAAAAAGAUGUUUUGACACAGUGUUUCCAAGUAUAGAUUUUGCAUAUUAAGAAACUACCAUCUAUUACCAGCAUUGUUUCAGAAAAAGGGCACUUAAAUAUUUAAAAAUGUAGGAAGGAUAUAAUCAGUAUAAAGAACAGCCCUUUGCAUUCACUUAAGUCAGCUUUAUGAAAUUCUUCCAAAUUUAUCUUUACUUUUGUCAUUUCACUGUAGGCCAGUGAGAACUUCAUUGUGACUGAUCAGUUUGUGGAUUGGCUUUCUAAAAAAUCAUGGUUUUAAAUAUCCCUUUAAUGAAUCAAUACAAUAAAGUACAGCCUAUUACUAUAGUCCUUUACAUGGCUAGAAAGGGUAUAAAUAAAAAUGUUAGUUGACUCAGUUCUAGACGAAGUAAUGUUAAAGGUAGUUUUCAAGAAUUGAUAAUCUAUACAUGAAAUACUUUAUGUUUUGUGGUUUCUUAUAGAACGAUACUUGGCAAACUUUUUCUGUUAGGUUCACGUGGUAAAUAUAUUAGGCUUUACAAGG